AUGCGGUUCUCAAAACUAAUUCCUGCCCUAUCCCUGGCUUGUACGGCAUUAGCUGUUGCCAGUGAUGCCAAGAAGCCAAAUAUUAUAUUGAUUAUGUCUGAUGAUCAAGACCGGCGGCUGGGCUCUACCGACUUCCAGCCAGUGUUGCAUCGCGCAAUCUUUGAACAAGGAGUUCAGUUCAGCAAUCAUUUCACCAACACUGCGCAAUGCUGCCCGUCGCGUGCUGGUUUCUUGAGAGGACAAGUAACGCACAACACCAACAACACCAGUGUAAGACAACCAGGGGGUAAUUACGACAAAUGGCUGGCGUCCGGUAUAGACGAGGACUAUUUACCUCAUUGGCUUAAAAAGGCUGGUUAUAAAGCCGAAUAUGUGGGCAAGUUCUUAAAUGGCUACAACGUCGUCAACUACAACAAUACACCGAAGGGGUGGGAUCACAUUGAUUCUUUGCUUGACCCUUACACAACCUACUACAAUGUGCCUAUCAUGUCACAGAACGGGGAGCGUCCUGUCUAUUACAAGGGAUUUCAUAGCACCGACGUUGUUCGUAUCAAGUCACUGGCUAGAUUGGACGGCCUGUUAAAGCAGGCGGAUCCGUUUUAUCUACAAAUAUCGCCGUACUCGCCACACGUACAGAACGACGCAAACACGGCGACUCCACUUGCCCGCCACAUCGACACACUCAAAGGGCUGCGCGUGCCACGUCUGCCCAAUUACAACCCUGCUGAAGAAUUUCAGGCUGGCAUUGGAGGAUGGCCGCGUUAUCUCCCACUCAUGAAUGAGACUAUUCAGAAUUGGACCGACUAUUCUUACCAGCGCAGGGCCGAGGCGUUGCAAGGCGUGGACGAGAUUAUCGAGGAUGUAAUGGCCAUGCUUGGGGCCAGCGGACAAUUGGACAACACAUUUGUGAUUUAUACCACAGACAAUGGCUAUCACAUUGGGCAGCACCGUUUACCUGGCGGCAAGGCGCUCUUUUAUGGCGAGGAUACAAAUCUCCCAUUCGCAGUACGCGGGCCAGGCAUUCCCAAGAACGUCACUUCGACGAUUCCGGGCAUCCAUGUGGAUCUGGCUCCGACCUUCCUGGACAUUGCCGGACUUCCCAGGGCUGACUGGCCACCGUUCCUGGAUGGGCAGAGCCUCUUGGCGCAGUGGAAGGACCCCACAGGCAGCACGGGCGCCGGCGCUGGGGACGGUAACAGCAAGGAGACGCUGGCCAUCGAGUUUUGGGGCUCAAACACGAUCGAGUCUCCCAACGGCAGGGAAUUGGGCGCGCCGUUCUUCAACACGACCUACAAGACGGUGCGAAUCCUGGCCGACCGUCGUUCUUGGCUCUACUCUGUCUGGUGCAACGGCAAGGCCGAGCUGUACGACACCAUCGCGGACCCUUUUGAGCUGGUGAACCUAGCCGGAAAGCCGGAGCAGGCAGCCGUGGAGAGCCGGCUCAAUGCCCUCUUGCUCGUCACCAAGUCGUGUGCCGAAGGAACCUGCCGCGACCCGUGGUCCGUCUUCAACCCGUCGCAGCCGUACAACGUCACGACGGACCCCGCAACCGCGGCCGACUCGGACAAGAUCUCCAAUCUAGCGCAGGCCCUGGAUCCGAAAUACGACGCCUUCUUCGCGUCCUUCCCGCGCGUCAACUUCAAAAGCUGCGCCCCGCAGUAUCAGGACGUUGCCAACGAGGAGCCCUUUUAUCCCGCAGCCGCAGCAAAGGGGUUGGGUCUUGCGUAUCGGCGCCCGACCGACAACUUCGUCUCCAAGAGCGCUGGCGUGGUCAUCGCCGACAAGAAUUUCUAUGGCACGCCCGAGCAGCGUCAUGCGACGCUCGAGCAGCUCUACGCCAACGCUCGCAACUUGACCGACGAGGAGCUCGCGGCACCGGCAUCUGGAGGUGGAGGGUUUGGGAAAAGGUGGGGCGUCCGCGUCGCCAAGGAUAGCGAGGUCGUGGCCCAACUUUUCUCCGACUUGCGGGACGUUGAGGUGCUGUCACCGGCGUUUCAGAAGCCGGCUACAGUCCCCAUGGCCUUUUCCAAUGGUACAAGCGGCCCAACGCCUCAGUUUGAGCUCGAGCAUUUCUUGCAGACGCUUGCCGCCCGGAACAAAUGGAUGACGUACCACAACCCGACUUUCCGUUCCGAAGAAGGACGCUCACUGCCAUACGUCUUCUUGUCGACGUCUUCCGACGAGCCCAAGGUUUCCUCUGGUGGUCUUUCAAGUCAUGCCAAUACCACACAGUCGGAAAAGGUUCGUGUCUGGAUGCAAGGAGGAGUUCACGGCAACGAGCCCGCAGGCGACCAGGCCCUCCUUGCCCUGCUAGGCAAGUUUGACGCCAAUGCCACCUGGGCCCUCUCGGUUCUCGACAAGGUGGACAUCCUGAUGCUGCCGCGCUACAACCCGGACGGUGUAGCUUAUUUCCAGCGUUACCUCGCCACCUCCUUGGACCCCAACCGCGACCACACCAAGAUGGCCCGCCAGCAGACGCGUGACAUCAAGAAGCUCGUCAUGGACUUUGCCCCGCACGUCGGCGUCGACUGCCACGAGUAUUCCGCCUCGAGGGCUUACGACGCCUCUGGGAAGACCUGGCUGUCGUCCCAGGACUCGCAGUUCAGCGCCAUGAAGAACUUGAACAUUCACAAGGACAUCAGGGCCCUAUCCGAGGGGCUCUUCACAGACGCCAUCGCCUCGGCUCUCGACGCUCGCGGCCUGCGCCACAGCCCGUACGUCGUCGGCUCCCUCGACCAGAACGGUGGCGUCGUCUUGGAGGAGACCACGGGUGAUGCCAAGAUGGGCGAUACGUCCGUAGGGUUGUCGCAGGCCGUCAUGUUUUUGUCAGAGACGCGCGGCAUCGGUCUGGCGGACCAGCAGUUCCAGCGCCGGGUUGCCACGGGCUUGACCCUCGUCGAGGCCCUUGUGCAGACCGCCGCCGACAAUGCCGCACACGUCUACUCCACCAUCGAAGCGGCGCGGGCCGACUUCAUAUCCAACAAUCGGGAUAUCGUCGUCACCGACUACCUGCGGCCGACCAACAUCUCUUGGACCUUUGUCAAUGCGCCCAACGGGACGCUGAUCGACGUCCCCGUCACCUUCAUGAACAGCACCCCUGCUGUCGCCAAUCUGACCCGCUCCCGCCCCGAAGCCUACGUCUUCUCCAGGGCCUGGCACGACGCAGCCGACCGCCUGCGCGCCGCCGCGGUAGUCGUGGAGGAGCUGCCCGCAGCCUUUACUGGUCGCGUCGAAGCUUUCAACAUCACCAGCGCCACGCUGGAUCGGAACAAGUACGAGGGCAUUGCGCGCACCACCCUGACGACCGAGACGUUCAACAAGAUUGUCACCAUCCCAGCCGGUGGGUAUUGGGUGAGCACACGGCAGAAGAAUGCUGCUCAUGUUUUCAACGUGCUGGAGCCUGAAAACAUUGACAGUUACGCUACGUUUAAUAUUCUGCCGGUCAGUGCGGGAGACGAAUACCAGGUUUAUAGGGUUAUGAAAUAG